GUGACCAUUACACGUUGAUUUUUUUCUACUAACCACAAAGACAUUGGCACCCUUUAUUUAGUAUUUGGUGCUUGAGCCGGGAUAGUCGGGACCGCUCUAAGCCUACUUAUUCGGGCGGAGCUUAGUCAACCCGGUGCUCUUUUAGGAGACGACCAAAUCUAUAACGUGAUUGUUACCGCACACGCAUUUGUAAUAAUUUUCUUUAUAGUAAUACCAAUCAUAAUCGGAGGCUUCGGAAAUUGACUUAUUCCUCUAAUAAUCGGCGCCCCAGAUAUAGCAUUCCCUCGAAUAAACAAUAUAAGCUUCUGGCUUCUACCUCCUUCUUUCCUCCUCCUUCUAGCCUCAUCAGGCGUUGAAGCAGGUGCUGGGACAGGAUGAACAGUUUACCCUCCUCUAGCAGGAAACCUAGCCCAUGCAGGUGCAUCCGUAGAUUUAACAAUCUUCUCACUUCACUUAGCAGGUAUUUCAUCAAUUCUUGGAGCAAUCAACUUUAUUACUACCAUCAUUAACAUGAAACCCCCUGCUAUCUCUCAAUACCAGACCCCCCUAUUCGUAUGAGCAGUCCUAAUUACUGCAGUUCUUCUUCUCCUAUCACUACCUGUUCUAGCUGCUGGAAUCACAAUACUAUUAACCGACCGAAACCUCAACACUACCUUCUUUGACCCUGCUGGAGGAGGAGACCCAAUCCUCUACCAGCACUUAUUCUGAUUCUUUGGCCACCCAGAAGUCUAUAUUUUAAUUCUUCCUGGUUUCGGGAUGAUCUCUCACAUUGUAGCUUACUACUCAGGGAAAAAAGAACCCUUCGGUUAUAUAGGAAUGGUUUGAGCAAUGAUAGCUAUUGGUCUACUAGGCUUUAUUGUGUGAGCCCACCAUAUAUUUACAGUAGGAAUAGACGUUGAUACACGAGCAUAUUUUACAUCUGCCACAAUAAUUAUCGCAAUCCCAACUGGUGUAAAAGUCUUCAGCUGACUUGCAACCCUUCACGGAGGCUCAGUAAAAUGAGAAACCCCUCUAUUAUGGGCCCUUGGUUUUAUCUUCCUUUUUACAGUAGGUGGUUUAACUGGGAUUGUUCUUGCUAACUCGUCUUUAGAUAUUGUUCUGCAUGAUACAUAUUACGUAGUUGCACACUUCCACUACGUCCUUUCGAUGGGUGCUGUGUUCGCCAUUGUCGCUGCCUUCGUGCACUGAUUCCCAUUAUUUACAGGUUAUUCCCUACACAGCACUUGAACAAAAAUCCAUUUCGGUAUUAUGUUCGUUGGUGUAAACCUAACUUUCUUCCCUAAACAUUUCCUUGGGCUAGCCGGAAUACCUCGUCGAUACUCAGAUUAUCCAGAUGCAUACACCCUAUGAAACACUAUUUCUUCUAUUGGGUCCCUAAUUUCUUUAGUAGCUGUAAUUGUGUUCCUUUUUAUUAUUUGAGAGGCAUUCGCUUCCAAACGUAAAGUUUUAGCAGUCGAACUAACCGAAAACAACCUAGAAUGACUGCAUGGGUGCCCCCCGCCUUAUCAUACAUUCGAAGAGCCUGCGUUCGUCCAAGUUCAGUCAAACUAA